AUGGAAGAAGAAGUUGCCGCCCUCGUUAUCGACAAUGGUUCUGGUAUGUGCAAGGCCGGUUUCGCCGGUGACGAUGCUCCAAGAGCUGUUUUCCCAUCCAUUGUUGGACGUCCUCGCCAUCAUGGUAUCAUGAUUGGUAUGGGUCAGAAAGAUUCAUAUGUCGGUGAUGAGGCCCAGUCUAAGCGUGGUAUUCUUACUCUGAGAUACCCCAUCGAGCACGGUGUCGUUACCAACUGGGACGACAUGGAGAAGAUCUGGCAUCACACUUUCUACAACGAAUUGCGAGUGGCGCCUGAGGAGCACCCUGUUCUCUUGACUGAAGCUCCUAUCAACCCCAAGUCCAACCGUGAGAAGAUGACACAAAUUGUUUUCGAGACCUUCAACGCCCCUGCUUUCUACGUGUCUAUCCAGGCAGUGUUGUCUCUGUACGCCUCCGGUCGUACCACCGGUAUCGUUCUUGACUCCGGUGAUGGUGUCACUCAUGUUGUCCCCAUCUACGAAGGAUUUGCUCUUCCCCACGCUAUCUCUCGUGUAGACAUGGCUGGACGUGAUCUUACCGAUUACCUCAUGAAGAUUCUUGCUGAACGUGGUUACACUUUCAACACCACCGCCGAGCGUGAAAUUGUCCGUGACAUUAAGGAGAAGCUCUGUUACGUUGCCCUUGACUUCGAGCAGGAGAUCCAGACCGCCUCGCAGUCAUCUAGCUUGGAGAAGUCAUAUGAGCUUCCCGAUGGACAGGUCAUUACCAUUGGUAACGAGCGUUUCCGUGCCCCUGAGGCUCUCUUCCAGCCUGCUGUUCUUGGUCUCGAAUCUGGCGGAAUCCACGUCACCACCUUCAACUCAAUCAUGAAGUGUGAUGUUGAUGUCCGUAAGGAUUUGUACGGAAAUAUUGUCAUGUCUGGUGGUACUACUAUGUACCCUGGUAUUGCCGACCGUAUGCAGAAGGAGAUCACCUCUCUUGCACCUUCUUCAAUGAAGGUCAAGAUCAUCGCCCCCCCUGAGAGGAAAUACUCUGUCUGGAUCGGAGGAUCUAUCUUGGCAUCUCUGUCCACCUUCCAGCAGAUGUGGAUCUCAAAGCAGGAGUACGACGAGAGUGGUCCUUCCAUCGUCCACCGCAAGUGCUUCUAA